AUGAAGAAUACUGUGUUUGGUGCAGUUGACAAGGAUGGCAACAGCGCCCUACAUUUGGCUGCCAAGCAUGGCCAAAACAGGCCUUGGCUCAUCCCUGGAGCAGCUCUUCAAAUGCAAUGGGAGAUCAAGUGGUACAAGCACAAUUUUAAAGGCGAAACCGCUCUGGAAAUCUUCACCAAAUCUCAUGAGUCUUUGGUCAAGGACGCCAGCAAGUGGCUCAACAACACCUCGCAGUCGUGCUCCGUGGUCGCUGCCCUCAUCGCGACAGUGGCCUUCACCUCUGCAACCGCUGUGCCCGGAGGCGUCAACCAAGUUUCAGGUUUCCCCAUCUUCGAGGGCAAGGUUGCGUUCCAAGUGUUUGCCCUCUCCGCGCUCAUAGCUCUCUGCUUCUCGGUUACCUCCCUGGUAAUGUUCCUCUCUAUCCUCACCUCCCGCUUUCAGGAGCGAGACUUCGAGAAGGACCUCCCUGUGAAGCUGAUCAUUGGCCUCACCGCCCUCUUCAUGUCCAUCGGUGCAAAUCUGGUCUCCUUUUGUGCCGGCAAUUUCUUUGUCAUCGAACAAAAGCUAAAGUAUGCAGCAUAUCCAAUAUAUGCAAUUGUUUGCCUGCCCGUAUCAUUCUUUGCUGUGGCGCAGUUUCCACUCUACAUCGACCUCAUAAAGGCCACCUUCGCCGAGGUGCCAGAGCGCACCCUGAAGUUACAUCCUUUUUGA